AUGGGGAAAAGAGCCCUUAUAGACGACCCCGUUGAUCAAGACGACCAUGAGCGACGUAAACUCUCAAACAAAGCUUACGUCGUUGGCUGGAUUUGCGCCCUGGAAACAGAAUAUGUCGCGGCUCAAGUUUUUCUUGACGAGAAGCACGCACCGCCCGAGUCGGUCGCCACCAACGAUAACAAUGAUUACACACUGGGCCGUAUCGGGAAACACAAUACCGUCAUCGCCGUACUGCCUGGCGGGGAAUACGGCACGGCGGCUGCUGCUACGGUGGCUCGCGACAUGCUUCAUUCCUUUAUUAACGUACGUAUCGGACUCAUGGUUGGUAUUGGCGGUGGCGCGCCAAACGCCAAGCAUGACAUUCGGCUUGGGGAUGUCGUCGUGAGUGUACCGCAAAAUGGAUUAGGAAGCGUGUUACAAUACGACUUUGGCAAAGAGAUACAAGAUCAGCCGUUCCACGUCACACGCUGUUUGGCCCCUCCUCCACCUGUGCUACUCACCGCUGUCAGUGGGCUAAGAUCGGCAUACAAGAUCAAUGGCCAUGACAUCCAGAAUGAUAUUCGGACCCGCUUAGCAGAGAAUAAAAGGCUAAGGAGAGAAUUCAAUCGCCCUGACGCAGCAACAGACAGAUUAUAUCACUCUCAUGUUGUUCACCCUGUGAGCGAAGGUGGGUGUAUGACCAGCUGUGGCACCGAUGAAGCCUUGAUGGUACAACGCGUGGCUCGAGACCAAGACGACGAUGAUGACCCGACGGUGCAUUAUGGCUUAAUCGCCUCGGCAAACCAGCUGAUGAAGAAUGCCGAGCUUCGAGACCAAUAUGCGAAUGAAAGAGACAUUCUCUGCUUUGAGAUGGAGGCCGGCGGGCUAAAUAACCACUUUCCAUGCCUAGUCAUCUGCGGUAUAUGCAACUAUGCCGAUACACAUAAGAACAAGAAGUGGCAAGGCUACGCAGCAAUGACUGCAGCCGCAUAUGCCAAGGAUCUUCUAAGAAGGAUCCCAGCAAACAAGUUGGAGGCGGAGAAAGAGCUCAGCAAGCAAGUAGAACAUGGCUGUGGCAAGACGGUUCUCAGCUCUACUGCCAUGACAGACCUAUGUGACGACGAAGAAACCUCUCCAAAUCUUGUGUACUUUUAUUUCAACUUCGCCGACGUGGAAAAAAGGUCGACUGAGAAAGCGGUACGCUCGCUGAUAGACCAGCUGUACCGCAAGUGCACGCCCGCCCAAGGAUUGCUAAACUCAUUCUACGCUCCGUAUCAGAAGGCUGGAGGACAGCCCAGCGAAGAUGCGCUACAAGAAAUUCUUCAAGCCAUGAUGCAAGAAUGCGGCGAGGUCUGGCUGGUUCUAGAUGGGCUUGACGAAUGUGAGACACGAAGUCAAAACGCUGUCGGCGGAAUCAUGCCGUGGAUACAAAAGCUGAGAGGUUCGUUGACGAAUAUCCACCUUCUUGUUACCAGCCGACCUGUGCAUGAUAUUCAAUCAUGCAUUGAAACAUGGGCAUGCGCCGAAGAAAUGAUUUCGCUUCAAUCGAACCUGGUGGCGCACGACAUCAAUGCCUAUAUCGAGACCCAAGUACAACAGAUCAAGCGGUGGCAAGCAAAGCCAGAUGUCCAGAGGUUGAUAGCGACAACAUUGAGAGAUGGUGCGAAGGGAAUGGCUCUCGCAUCACUCCCGCCAACAUUGGACGAGACGUAUGCGAGAAUCCUGAAGCGACUAUAUCCUGAACACAAGUCUCGUGCAGUACGCUUGCUGCACCUUCUGGUCUAUUCUGAGCGACCCCUCCGUCUUGACGAGGCUGUAGACGCGCUGGCAGUUGAGCCAGCAAGUGAAGCACGCUUUGACCCUGCCAAUCGAAUGCCGGUGCCACAGGAAAUAGUGCAGUACUGCGCAGGCCUGGUUACACUCACUGUGAGAUAUAGCAAAUCUAAACGACUUGAUGUAACUGAGAUUGCACUGGCACAUUUUUCAGUCAAGGAAUAUCUGCUGUCGGAUCGAUUGAAACCAAGCAUGGGAGAGCAGCUCAACAAGAGAACCGCGGCAGCUGCGUUGGUUGAGCUUUGUGUGUCAUACUUGCUCUCCUUGGAACCCUCCGUGGUACCGGACAGAGUAGGAGAACUAUACCCCUUUGCCCGGUAUUCAGCGCAGUACUGGUCACAUUAUGCGUCUGUUGUGGAAACAUGUCCGUCAUCUAACCACGACGUCCUUGCCACAGUCUGGGAAGUUUACGCCUGUCAAGACAAAUUCAGGCAAAUUUAUCAGCUUUUUUCACUUGAUCAUCCUGAAAGAUAUAUUGAAGAAUAUCAUGGCAAGGACGUAGUAAGCCCGUUGUACUACGCAUCGCACGCCGGCUUGCCGAAUUCCGUCCAUCAAUUACUGCUGAUGACUGAGGCAGACGUCAACAGCAGAUCUGGCUAUUUUGGCACUGCUCUGCAGGCCGCUUCGUACCAAGGGCAUCUAGAUACUGUGAAGGUGCUACUCGAAUACGGCGCCAGAGUGAACGAGCAGGGCGGCUAUUACGGCAACGCUCUGCAGGCCGCUUCCAUCGCGGGACACGAAGCAAUUGUGCAGAUGUUACUCGAGUAUGGCGCCGAUGUAAACGCGCCUGUCCCCUUCGUACACGACCUUUAUUCUGAUGAUCGCAUCAUGACUGGCAGCAUUCCCACUGCACUUGUGGCUGCUUCGUCUCAAGGACACGGGUCCAUUGUUCACAUGCUCAUCCAGGCUGGCGCGGAUGUGAAUUUGCAAGGCGGAAAUGCUGAUAGUGCUCUCAUGGCUGCUUGUCUGGACGGACAAGAGGCUGUUGUCCGGACGCUAAUAGAUAGCGGCGCUGAUGUCAAUGCGCAAGGCGGUCAGUCUGGCACUGCGCUCGCAGCUGCCGCGUGUACAGGAGAAACGAUCAUUAUGGAUAUACUCAUCCAGCGCGGCGCGGAUGUGAACGCACAGGGCGGAGAUUAUGGUAAUGCUCUUGUGGCUGCCUGUCUCGGAAAGCACGAGGCUAUUAUCCGCAAGUUGAUAGAUGGCGGCGCUAAUAUCAAUGCGCGCGGGGGCCUCUUUGGCAGUGCGAUUGUAGCCGCCUCGAGCCUGGGGCAUGAGGCCACUGCCAUUGUUCAGAUGCUCAUCGAGGGCGGCGCGGACGUGAAUAUACAGGGUGGAUUGGUUGACAAUGCUCUAAGGGCUGCCUCGAUUCGCGGGAAUGAGGCCAUUGUGCAGCUGUUGGUGGACAAUGGCGCGUGCACAGCCGUCCAAUUAUCUCCCCCGUCUCAUCACAUUAGCUACAUGCCCCGAGAGCCCCUUGCGACAUCAGAAUCGAGCACCUCCCCCGAAAACGUCCCAGCAUCAUCUUCCAGCUUAAAACAUGGCUCUCUUCAUCACGAACCCAUCGGUCUCUACCGAGUGCACUCUGCCGCUUCCUCCAGCAGCCGCUCGUCCUCGUCGCGUCCUCCACGCGACUUGGUCGACGACGGUGUCGACGUUGACCAGCUCGACGAGAAGCUGCGCGGACUGAGGCUUCGCAACGCCAAAGGCAGUCGCCACAACAAAUUAUUUGCCUCUGCCCCUGGCCAGAGGAUCGCCGACUAUGAGAACGCGCUGACCCCGCCGACCCCUAAGCAGGCGCUGGGCUUCAAGGUCAUCAAGCGCUCCGCCGGAGAACCCGGAGGGACUCGAUUGACAGAUAUUCCAAAUGAGAUCCUGACCAACAUCCUGUCGCAUUUGCAUCCAGACUCCCAUGGCGCUGUCGCACUCGUCUCCAAACGCUUCUACGUGCUGGCCACCACACCGCAUAUCUGGCGUUUGGCUUUUUUGCGCUACUUCCCCGGCCAUGCUAGCCUCGAUGAAAAGUUUGUCAAAGCUUCUGCUGACCUUUGGUCGGAGCCAUCAUCCGACAUUGUGCGCUCCGAGACUCGCUACUUUGGCCGACUGACUCCGCUUGCUACCUGGCGAAGUGAGUAUGUCUUCCGUACUAGACUCAUCCGAAGUUUGGGCAAGGGUAAGCCAAACACCGCUGCCGGUGCCAUUGGCUCGUCCAUGCGCACCAGACAGUCGGGCAAAAAGUCUAGCGCUGUAUUGACAUACAACUCGAAACUUCCCUGGCUCAUCACCAACAUCCACGCCGUGUUCGACAAUGGUAAGAAAGCUCCACGUGCCAUCCAGGGCGCUGGCGCACUCGGCGUAGCCACCAUGAGCGAUCCUACUACUGGUAAGAUUGAAAGCUGGGGCCUCAAAGACAGCCACUCUUCUGCUCAGAUCGAAGAGGUGACACCUGGUCUUGAGCCAUACGGACUCGGUGACGGCCCUGCAUCUACAGACAACAGCAUGGAUGUCAGCCAGCUCUACGGCAUGAUCGCCGGCGAAGGCUUCCCAGGUGGCCGUGCCUACUUUCGCAGCGUCAAUGAAAUUGCUGGACGUUACCUUGGAUCCGAGCCGGGUACUGAGGAACAGCGGCCUGACAUUCCUCGCGUUCCCGACAUCAUCGAAGCCAUUAGCAGUGUCUGGAUUGCAAAGUCAUCUGCUGUUCCAGCGACCACUGCAGCCAUGUGUGGCAUGUUGACAGGCUCUACUCUUGGUGUCGUCACUGCCUACUCCCUCGGAUCUGACCCGAGCGGCCCAAGAUAUGCGUACGGUGACAUGACCGCGCGCUGGGUCCUCAGCCCCGGCGUGCCGAUUGUCUCGAUCAAGGUGGAUGACAACUACACUGUGCGCCGUCGACUGUCGGGCAGAGUAUGGGCGGUGGCUUUGAACGCCCUCGGGGAAGUCUUUUAUCUCACCGAGACUCCGAAGCCCGUGUCGUCUCAGCACUCCACAGGCAAUGCUCUCGCCAAUGCCUGGCUCGCUGGACGGUCUGCCUAUUGGCAUUUGGUAGAAGAGACGCGUAGAUCUGCUCGCCCAGACGAGCUUGACCUCAAUGCUGUUCGCGGCACCUACUCGCCGAGAACCUCCUGCAAUGCCAUGAACUUGAGCGACGACCAAGUUGCUGCCGAGACAAAAGAAGUUGAAAACUUUAUGCGCUAUCAGCCAAAUCACUUCCUCGACGUUUGCCUGGGCUGGGACAUGCAACGCAAGCUCGAGGUGGACUUUGCAAAUGACGAUGGUCAAGAGGCUGGUGAGGGCAUUUUCGUCAUUGACUGUGGGCAUGGCCGGAAAGCCUGUGUCACUAGGUUCUGCCGAUCAACCACUGCCCUGCGGCCUCUGGCUCCUGGAGGUGCCAAACCUGUACCGGCCAUUCCUCCGUCUCUAUUCGGGCAAGCUGGCAUACAGAAUACCCCAGAACCUCAAUCUCCAGAAUCGCCUCCUCCUACACCCUAUUCGCCCAAGGAUCCGUCUGCGCUCACGGACGAGUGGCGAGCUGUCUCUUUCCAACUCAAGGGGUCUGAUAGUUCUAUCCUCACGGCCAGCGCCCUGGACAACUCGACUUUCGCUGUCCUUACUCUUGGUGAGGAUGUCUUGCAUACCGCCAACGAAAGCCUUGUACUCAGUAGCACAGACGGAGCACGUCAUGCCCAGGAAAUUCCAGGCCGCAGAGCUCGCUUCCUCGUCGUGGGCACGAGCUCCGGCAGCGUUCUCGUAUGGAAUGCCAGAGAGAUCCGGCCAGAAAUAGUCAAGCCGUGCCGCGUUAUUCAAACGGAAUCGCCCUCGAUCUCUUGUGUUGCAGCCUCGGCCUUGUACCUCGUGCACGGCGGCAGCGAUGGUCUUGUUCAGGCUUGGGACCAUUUGGCCUCGACAUCGGAACCCAUUCGCACCCUCAAUGCUCGAUCGAACGGCCGGGUGCCUCGCUACAUGAUGACCAUGAAUCCUACCCUGACCGUGGCCAACUACACUGCUGUGGGUGCCAUUGUCCUCGAUUCUGACCCAACGAUCCUCCGUGGUGUGGUGGCCUUUGGUGCCUUUAUGCGCUACUGGUCUUAUAGCUCCAAGGGCAGCGCCCCAGGCCGAAAGCGACGCUUGCGACAUCCCGAUGCCCAGGGCCGCGCUGCUGGUCGUCGCUUCGGGAAUAACGUCUCCGGCUACAUCCUUGAAGAAGAGGAGGAGCUUCGCCACGAAAACGAGCAUCGAGCUCGCGAGCAGUCUCGUCUGCAUAAGCGUUUUGGUGUCGGCGCGCUCGGCGACCUGACCGAACAGGAGGCUCUCGAGUAUAUGCAGAUGGUUUCGGAGGAGAGUUUCUUGGCUGAUGAGACGCGCCGCGCGAGCGACUCGGCUGCCGAUACGACUGGUGCAGAUACAGCCUCGACCUCGAGCCACAGCACCGCAGACGCCACGACGCCCGAGGCCAGCUUCAUCGAGUCCAGUUCUCUGCAGCAGAACCUGACCACUGACGAUGAGGACGGGUACGAGGAGCAGAUUCAGCAGGCCAUUCGCCUGUCGCUGCUCGAAGGCGUCAAUGACCGUGGUCAGUCCCCGCAGCGGAGCAGCCCGGAUGAGUUUGAGUUUCCCAUCACCUACAAGGCCAAGAUCAAGGGCGGCAAGAAGAAGAAUGGUGGCAGCCGACGCCAGAGCUCGUCGACGACGACGUCGACGUCUACCUCGUCCCCGCGCGUUCUCCCCGCCGUCACGGACAAGAUGGCCUGCGUGGCCGACUCUUCCUCAGCCACUGGACACGCACCGCCGCACAGCGCCGCCGAUGUCGACGCGGACCUUGCGCUCGCUCUCUGCAUACAGGAAGAGGAGGAGCAAGCGCAGAGUCGCCGCCGUGCCCGUGAGCCGUUUUCCGAGGCCAGCCAGGACUUUCCGCCGCUGGCCGCCGGGCAGAGCACGAGCAAAGGCAAGGGCGUGACUAGGUGGUGA